AUGACACUCAAUUCAUCUACACCUGCUUGUUUUAAUCUAGAAGAAGAAUCGAUAUCUAAAGGAAAAUCUAUUGUUGUACCCAAAAUAACAAAUGAGAACGAAAAUAAAACAAAUAUAUUUAAUAAUAUUGUUCAACCGAUAAUUGCAGAAUUAAUCGGUACUACAUUUUUUAUUUUAAUUGGAUUAUUUGGUGCUUGUAAUGGUGAUAAUAAGAAUAGUUCAUUAACAGCUGGCUUUUCAUUCGGGUUUUCAUUAAUGAUUCUUAUUGCUAGUUUUGGUCAUAUGAGUGGUGGUCAUUUUAAUCCAGCUGUAACAGUUGGUGUACUCAUUUCAGGUGCAAUCGAUUUAAAGAAAGGUUUGCUUUAUAUACUUAUGCAAUUGAUUGGUGGGUCUAUGGCUGCUGGUAUAUUCCGACUUCUCUCACAUACAACUACAUAUCAACGUUGUCGUGGUGGUGCAACUUUUCUUGUCACAAUUCAAACUCCAAAAGAAAUGGGUGGAAUUAUUACAGAUCGUAUUAAUUGGUGGGAAGGUGUAUGUAUUGAAUUAUUACUAACAUUUAUUUUUGUUACUGUAAUUCUUAUGGUUUCAAUUAAUCAUAAAUCUAAAAGUAAUAUUGCAUCUAUUUAUAAUGGUAUUGCUUUAUGUGUUUGUAUUUUUGCAUCAAAUAAAUUAACCGGUGGUUCACUUAAUCCAGCUCGUAGUUUAGGGCCAGCUAUAUUUGCUAAUGUUUGGUCGCAUCAUUAUAUCUAUUGGAUAGGACCAUUGUUUGGUGCAAGUCUUGCUGGUGGUUUUUAUCGAUUUAUAUGGAGUAUCAAUGAUCAAAAUACAUUCGAUAAUAAAUAA